UAAUAAUAGAAAUCUAAAUGAACUCAAAAUGGCAAUUUACAUCACAAGAUCCAUUCUUAGCAAUGGAUGAUUUUAACUCAGAGCUUCUGUCUUUUCAGCAUUGAGAUGAUGUUCAGAGUCAAGAUGGCCUUAGUUUUAAAAGCACUUCUCCUAAACAAGUUCUCCCUGAAUAUUUCAAUGAGUGUUAUGAUAGCAUUUUGCCUGAAGAGACCUCUCUGUUUGAGGAUGAAGACUUCAAUAUCCCAAAGCCUCAGCAACCAAAGAAGUCAGGAUUCUCCAGAAAGCCACAAGAGAAUGCUGAAUCUCUGAGCAAAAAUAUUUCGAACACAAAUUUAAAAUUGAGUUCCAAAAGUAUUACAGUAUCGAAAUCUGGAAAUAAAAAGAGAGCCUCACCAUCAAAGAAUAAAAAAAAGCAAUCAGGGAACUCAGCCAGUGUCAACUACUCGCAAAUGGUGGACUCCAUCUUCGGUGAGUCUGACAAACCUCAGGGAUUCACCGAACUUUCUGUGAGAAGAGACGUUGUUAACAAAAGAAUUCUCAGAGGAUUUAAAAAGUUCAUAGCCGACUUAUUCAUAGAGCACAGAGUCAGGCCGUGUAGACUCAAGAGGAAAGAUACUUCCUUCAAACAAGGCUUGGUUGUGCAAGCCAAGAGUAUUGGCCUCAUCCCGCAAGAGAGGAAUUAUGACACCAAACAUUUCAGAGAACUUGUCUGCUGGAUGGCCAUGAGCAAAAACACUUGCAAAGCCAAGGCUCUGUUUGAUUACAGCAACCAGUCAAUCGUGAAGUUCGAAGACUUACUGAGCAGGUACUCCCACAAGAAGCUGGAGAUGAUCUACCAAGACUCCAACAUCGCUCAGAUUUAUGAAUACUUCAUGCACAAUGGAAUGGAGUGUUUCAUCCAAAAGUGUCCAGAGGACAAAAGAAAAGUCUAUUUGGAGUGAUCAAUAGAGAUUCAGAAUCAAUUUAAUAAUAUUUGUUAAUAACAUAUUAAUUUGAA